AUGUCCAGUUCUGUCACAACGUGCAGGUCCACUUUAGAAAAGUUAGGGGCCCUGUCUGCCAACUGGGAAAUGAAGGCAAUGACCUCUGUUUUUGUUCCAUGGCCACCCCGAGGCCCUGGGGCAUCCACCCAACAUCCCAGCCACCCUCACUGUACACCGCAUUAUUGAGGCACGCAGUGUCCCGCGGGAGCAGGGCAGCCUCUGCCUCCCAGAGCACACGUUCCAUGGGGAUGCACACUAAGGCAUCAGAGAGACACAGAAACAGCCAUUCCUCCUGACAUCACUGUAUCCCAAACUAAUCUUCCAGAAAGACCCUCCUCACCUCCAGCUCUCCUGAUACAGCUUGGCAAAGCCCAGGAAGACACGUAGUUGGCAAGUUAUUCACCUCUCUACAAUUUCCUCGUCUGGAAGAUGGGCUAAUGAGUGGGCUUGUUUCACACGUGGUUGUGGAGAUUACAUGGGGAUGCAAGCACCAAGCCCAGCACAGAUUAACUGAUGAUGAUUGAGGGGUCACUGUGUCAGUUC